AUGGACCAUAAAGAUGCAUCUUCAAAUGUUGAGCUCAGUGAUUGUACUCACGUAGAGCAAGCCUUGAAUCAGUGUUUGGCCUCCGACGCUGAUCUCGAUAUGUAUCGUGAAGCUUUGGAGCAAUACCCCAACGAUGAUUCAAUUGACAAAGAGGCCGAGAAGCACCUAAGACACAAAAUCGACCGACGAAUUUUACCACUACUCGGAAUAUGCUAUUUCUUUUAUUACGUCGAUAAGACAACGCUCUCAUACGCCGCCAUUUUCGGAAUCAAAGAAGACCUCCAUCUCCAAGCUACAGAGUAUUCAUGGCUCUCUAGCGUCUUCUACUUUGGUUGGUUGGUCUGGUCUAUCCCGUCCAAUUUGAUCAUGCAGCGGACACCCCCUGCCUGGUAUCUAUCUAUUAAUAUAUUUUUAUGGGGUGCGCUGUUGAUGUGUCAGACGGCAACUGGGAGCUUCACCGUCCUUGUUGUCUUGCGCGUGCUAUCUGGUGCCUUUGAAGCCAUCGCAGAUCCAGCAUUCAUGCUCUUCACCUCAAUGUUCUAUAAACGAGAAGAACAGCCUUCUCGUAUCGCUGCUUGGUAUGCUUGGAAUGGGAUAGGUGUUGCAGGAGGUGGUUUGAUCGGCUAUGGUAUCGGUCAAAUUCGCGGUUCACUUUCUUCAUGGCGCUAUGAAUUUCUGAUUGUUGGGGCACUUUGCACGUCAUGGGGCAUCGCCCUUUUUAUCUUACUCCCAAACUCACCAACAAAGAUCCGAGGCUUCACACACCAAGAGAAGCUUAUGCUCAUUGCCCGAAUGCGUUCCAGUCAAACUGGAAUUCAAAGUAAUAAGGUGGAAUGGUAUCAAAUCAGAGAAGCCUUGGUGGAUUAUAAAACCUGGCUUUUUAUGCUCAUGGGGUUUGUCUCGGCUGUUCCGAAUGGCGGCAUAUCUAAUUUCUCAACACUCGUGAUUCAAGGACUUGGCUUCGACACACUUGGAACCGCCUUGCUUGGCAUACCUCAAGGUGUUUUGGUUGUGAUUUGGAUCGGCCUGGGGGCGGUGGCGAAUCAUUACAUGCCUCCAAACAGCCGUACGCUUGUUUGUGCUGCCUUCAUGAUUCCUACUAUGGCUGGCGCAUUAGGAUUCUUGCUGGCACCCCCAGAUGCUUAUGUGGGACGGUUGAUUUGCUUCUACCUUACUGGCUCCUACCAAGCAUCCUUCGUGAUCUGCCUCUCCCUGGUUACAAGUAACACGGGAGGUCAUUCCAAAAGGAUGAUCGUGUCUGGAAUUAUUUGGUUCGGAUCCUGCGUUGGCAGUAUUGCCAGUCCCUUCUUCUACAAGACAUCGCAGGCGCCUUCGUACCAACUGGGGAUUGGUUCAUUGUUAGUUACAAAUGUGAUUGAGUUUUUUCUGUUCUUCGUCUUCCGCUUCGCUUUCAAGUGGGAGAAUAGACGAAAAGAGAAAAUACGCAGUGCGCUGCGAGAGAGUGGGAGCCUCGGGGAUGAUUCUGAAGCCCUCAAUGCUACGGCUUUCCAAAAUCUCACAGACAAAGAGAACCCGAACUUCGUGUACUGCUACUAA